GCCGUGCUGUCACCCUCGCCCUAUGUCUGUGCGGUUUCUCCUUUGGUGGAAUGCGGCUCGGUCGUUGCGGGCUGAGGCUCGUCUUUGGGCUGCCCUGGUUCCGCGGCGUUCGGUUCCCGGCCCGGUGUCCCGGCGGGUUCGCAGUCGCGGGCCGGGGCGAGCGGCAGCGCGGGCUGCGGGCGGCGGCGGCUGCAGUCCCAGCGCGCACCGCUGGGUGGUGCCCUCGGCCAAGGCGGCGCCGAGCGGCUGCGGCAGCGGAGGCGGCCGAGCCCGGAGCGGCACAGCCCGAGCGAGCCCGGCCCGGCCCGGCCCGGCCCGGCCCAGCUUAGAGCAGCCCAGCGCAGCCGGGCGGAGGUGGCGGCGGCUGCGGCAGCGAGCGCUGCCCCGUGUCCCCCGCUGCCGGGACAGCCCGGCUGCAGAGGUUGCGGAGCGCCGGCCGCAAUCUGAGGCAGCGAGGGAAGGCGCCCGCGCCGCACUUGGCCGCUUGCUUUCGGCGGGGAAUCGCCCGGGACAGCCGCCCAGAGACCGACACCGGCCGCCGCCGCCGCCGCCGCCGCCGCGCCAUGGCGCUCGCAAGGCAAGUGCUUUGUGUGUGUGCUUUGCUGUCGCUGCCGCUCGCUCGCGCCGAGCCCAUCCGCUACUCCGUGGCCGAGGAGGCGGAAAGCGGCUCCCUGGUGGGCAAGCUGGCGGAGGAUGCGGGGCUGCCGCCGGCGCAGCUCUCGGCUCGCCGCGCCCGCCUGGUGUCGGAGGACGGCCGGCAGCAUUUUCGCUUGGAGCGCGCCUCCGGCCGCCUGCUGGUGGCGGGGAGGCUGGACCGGGAGCAGCUGUGCGGCCAGUCCGCCACCUGCAUGCUCCCCUUCGAGCUGCUGCUCUCCGGCCCCCUGCAGUUCUUUCGCGUCGAGGUGACUCUGGAGGACAUCAAUGACCACUCACCCGUCUUCCCCGAGGAACGAGUCACUUUUAAGAUCCCUGAAAUAAGCGAAUUGGGUUCACAUUUCCCGCUCGAGGGUGCUCAAGAUCUCGAUAUUGGCAGCAACACAGUCCAGGAGUACAGCAUCUUUCCCGAGAAUGAGUACUUUAGUGUCUCCUAUAAGACUGGGAUUGCUGGCAAGAAGUAUCUCGAACUUGUUUUAGAAAAGCCACUAGACAGGGAGCAGCAAGCAGAGAUGAGUUUCAGUGUCAUUGCUGUGGAUGGAGGCUCUCCUCCCAGGAGUGGGACCACUGAAAUCGACGUUGUCGUUCUAGAUGUAAAUGACAAUGCUCCCAAAUUCACACAGGAAGAGUACAUAGGAAAGAUUCUGGAGAACAUGCCAGAAGGCUCUGUUGUUCUGACUGUGUUGGCAACUGAUCCAGAUGCAGGAGUUAAUGGGGACAUCUCCUAUCAACUCAGCCAGGCAGUGGGUCAGAGUGACUCAGCAUUUGUGAUUGAUGCCAUAAGUGGUGAAAUUAAACUCACAAAACCUCUCGACUUUGAGUCAGCAGAGCAUCAUGAGCUCAGUGUGAGAGCCACAGAUGGAGGGGGCCUGUCAGCAAUGUGCAAAGUGUUGGUGGAGGUGGUGGAUGUGAAUGACAAUGCCCCAGAGGUGGUGGUCAGUUCCUUCAGCAGUCCCCUGCCCGAGAACACCGUGCCCGGCACGGUGGUUGCCCUGUUUACGGUCAGGGACCGGGAUUCUGGUGCCAACGGGAAGAUCUCCUGUGCCCUGGAGGAUGAGCUGUCCUUCUCCCUGCGGGCAGCCUAUAAGAAUUACUAUGAGCUGGUGACAGUGAGCGCGCUGGACCGGGAGGAGAGGCCUCAGUACAUCGUGAGUGUGACGGCAGCAGAUGCGGGCUGGCCUCCUCUGAGCACCACGCAGACCUUCACCGUGGAGAUCUCGGAUGUCAACGACAACGCCCCCGUCUUCAACCAGAGCUCCUACACCAUGUACGUGCGUGAGAACAGUGCGGCCGCAGUGUUUGUUGGAGCCGUGAGCGCUGCAGAUGCUGACGUGGGGCUGAAUGGCAAGGUGAGCUAUUCCCUGGCAGCAGAGCAAGGGGCGGAGCGGCCCUGGUGCUCCUGCCUGUCUGUGGACUCGGAGAAGGGGCACGUGUUUGUGCUGCGGCCCCUGGACUACGAGCACUUGAGGCAGACGGAGGUGACGGUCAGUGCCUCUGACGCGGGCUCUCCUCCCCUGCGAGCCAACGUCACCGUCCGCCUGGUCGUGCUGGACGAGAAUGACAACGCCCCGCUCGUGCUGUACCCAGCCCAGGAGAGCAGCCCAGGCUCCAGCGAGCUGGUGCCCGUGUGGGCCGAGGCGGGCUACCUGGUCAGCAAAGUGGUGGCCGUGGAUGCGGACUCGGGCCAGAACUCCUGGCUCUCGUUCCAACUGCUGAGGGCCAGCGAGCCAGGGCUGUUCUCCGUGGGCCUGCAAAGCGGGGAGGUGCGUCUGAGGAGGCCGGUGACAGAGAGAGACAGCGUGAAGCAGAAGCUGGUUGUGCUGGUCAGAGACAACGGCAAGCCCCCGCUGUCAGCCACGGCAGCUCUGAGCGCUCUCCUGCUCAAGGACUUCUCAGAGGUGCGCCUGCCGCACAGCAGCCCGGCCUCCGAGGACCAGGGCGGCUCCCUGACCACCUAUUUGAUCAUUGCCUUGGUCUUUGUCUCACUGCUCUUCCUCGUCUCCAUCGCCGUCUUGGUGGCUCGCAAGGUGUGCGGGAGGCAGGAGCUGAAGGCUGGCCCUGUGCUUUAUGCUGCCGACACCUUGCAGAGCGGCCUGGCCGAUGCAGCCGCUGCAGGGACCCUGCCCCGCGCCUAUUGCUACGAGAUCAGCCUGACCACGGGCUCGGGCAACAGCGAGUUCAAAUUCCUCAAGCCCAUCGUGCCCAGCCUGCCCCCUCAGCACUGCGCCGUGGGCCAGGGCCCGGAUGAGGAACAGGAUUUCCCCAGUGUCCCUGUCAGCAGCGAGGACAUGGCCCCAGACACUGCUGGGGCUCUCUCUGCAGGACAGUUCAACGCUCUGUCCUUUAACUAGCUGGGUCUCCAGAAUCAGAGGUUUCAAUACCCAUGGUAUGUGUGGAUCCAGUCUGGAGCAUGUGAUAGUGAUACAUCCAGUGUAUAUCUGUGUGUGUAAAUGGUUUAACCUAUUUCCUGCAUAUUCUAAUUGGAAUUAAUAUCUACCACUCCGAAAACUAUUAGGGAAUUAAUAGAUGCCAAGGUUGUCUCCCUAAGUUUGUAAUGGGUUUCUCCUGUGCUAGGGCCAUUUGUAACAGGAAUUAUGUAUCUGGUUAGCAGUCUCAGCUAUUUUCUGCUUUCUCUUGCUGUCUGACAAGACAGAGGGUCUUUUUCUUCUGAGUUUAGCACAAUGACACUGUUGGCCAUACAAAUCAUAUCCUCACUAAAAUGCAAAAAGGCCCUCUUUGAGCUCCAGGAAUAUAAGGAAGUUGUGGCUAUUGAGUCACAAUAUCAUGUAUGCACUAAGGUUUUCUUUCCUGGGUUCUGGAUGUUCCUUUUUGAGAUGUGAGCUUUGUGUGUAGACAUUGAAUAUCUGCAGAUGCUUCAAAAUUACUGCCUGGUGAAGCAGUGGGCUGCUCCCACCCGGCCUGUGCAGCACAGGCAGUGCCAGGUCAGCAGGGAAGGAGGUGAUUUGGAUCCUAUUGCAAUAGCAAUGUCUUCAUCCUAAUCUGACUCAGAGGAGAGCUGCAAAAUGCACAACAAAAUCUUCCUUUGGCUAGCAAGAGGGCCUUGGUUGUUCUGUCUUCUCAGGAUUGUCUUGGAGAUAGAGGAGCACAAACGGUGUUAGGGUAGACUGUACAUGAACAGAGUUGUAGAAGCAUGUUCAUUGUUGUUGAAUGCAUUGAAGGAAAACUCCAUAAAUACGACAAGCUAAUUAUUGAGAGGAAGAGUAAAGAAGGACUUGAAAAUAAUCAAUGAGAUUGGUCUUUUCCUUUGUUGUUCCUGAAUCCCAAGGCUUCUUGAUGGGACUAGAAAGCUGUCCAUGCAUGAUUUUCUGUGUUUGUGUUGGAGCAUUUGCAUUCCCAUGUUUGCCCUUUCUCCUCUGAAAUGGACUGAGCACUGUUGUGAACCUGUUCCUCUAGAGAAGGACUGCCACCCCAUCUAGAAUAACUGAUUGUUUGAAUGAUGUCUGUGAUGCAUGAAAUAAUCAGAAAGCCUCCCUCUUGCACUGUGAUGUGCUGAAGUGAUGCAGUUUAACCUUGUAAGUUAGUAUAACUGUGGGAUUAGAAACUGAAUAAUUGUGUUAGACUGAAAUAAAGACAACACUUGACUGCUUUAGUGGAGACAGAAUUCUUUGUAGAGACAUUAAUUCUGGGAAAGCGUCAGCAAGGAAUUCAAAAAUUCUGUGAGUUACUUUCCCACUGUGUCCCUUGCCUGAAGCAAUGUUUGAUGGGUGCAGUUCCUGAACGUGGAGAUGCAGCCGGCAGAGUGUUCAUAGGCAUGCCCCUGCUGUCACCAUUGCCCAAUCUCUGCUCGGUUUCUCCUGCAGAGGGAUGGGGCUCUGUCCUCCUGGACUCCACAUCAUCUUUAGGCUGGACCAGGGCCAGGAUGAGGAACAGGAUUUCCCCAGUGUCCCUGUCAGCACCGAGGACAUGGCCCCAGACACUGCUGGGACUCUCUCUGCAGGACAGUUCAAUGAUCUCUCCUUUAACUAACAUGGGCUUUGCACAGCCAAAGGCUUCAUGGCUCUUGGGAGGAGGGGAUCCAGGAUGGAACAUGUGACAAUGGUUGCUCCAGAAUUAAUCUGUGCUUGCCCUUGGUUCCACCAUCUUUCUUCAAAUUCUCUUCAGAAUGAACACAGUCCUCCCCUCUAAGGAGCAAUGAUGGGAGGAAAUGAAGCCAAGGUUCUGUCACUUAUUUAGUGAUUUGUUUCAGCUCUGUUACUGCCAUUUCUAAUGGGCUUUAUGUAUUUGGUUAGGACUCAAAGCUAUGUGCCUCUUUCUCUUGCUGUCUGAAAAGUCAUAGGAUGUUUUUAUUCUGAGCUUUAAACAAUGUCACAGUUGGCCAGACAAAUCAUAUCCCCCCUGCCAAAAAAGCAAAUAAAAUGCAAAAAGCCCUUUUUGCACUUCGGAAAGUCAAGGAUAUUGUCAGUAAUGAGGUGCUAUAUCACGUAGCACCAGACCCUUUCUUCGCUGGAUUCUGGAUGUCUCUGUCUGAGAUGUGCUCUCUCUGUGCUUUGCUUUCCUGUCACUGUGACCGACAAGACAUGCCUGUUCAUUCAGACACUCAGUAUGUGCAGAUGCUUCAGCAGUGCUGCCUGGUGAAGCAGGGAGUUGCUCCCACCCAGCCAUUGGAGCACAGGCAGCUCCAGCCCAGCAGGGAAGGAGGAGAUUUGGGCCCUUUGACAACAGCAGUGUUGUCUUUCUUAAAGCAAGAAAAUGCACAACAAAACCUUCCUUUGGUGUAUAAGAACGGUUUGGGUGUUCUGUCAGCUCAGGAUUGCCUUGGAAAUACAGCAGCACGAGCAGUGUUAGGGUGGACUGUAACUGAACAGAGCUGUACAAACAUGUUCAUUGUGAUUGAAUGCAUUGAAGGUAAAAUCCACAAAUACUAAAACUCAAUUAUUGUAAGGUGGAGUCAGGAAGUGUUGGGAAGGAUGAAAGUUUGCCAAGAAAGUCUGACAGAUAUGUAUGCUUGGCAGAAAGAUUUUUGAAUGUAGACUCUGGAGAAUGAAUAGAAAUGAAAGCAAGUUUUGAUACAGAUGAAAAGAAUGUCUGGGCCAGUAUUUCUGGAUAACAAAGAAGUCAAAGAGUAUGUUAGUUAGAAGGGGUUUUUUAUGGCUUAGAGCAAAGGAUAAACCCACCACAAACAGACAAUGUUUUUACCAAGCAGAAAGAUAGCACAGGCAAACAGACCUGUCCAUGUUGCAAGUGGAAAAAAGGUCUCAGAAAUUUCCACUGCAAAAAAAAAAAAAAAAAAAAAACAACUGAAAAACAACUUCUAGCUGAAACUGUAACUUUUAAUUAUCGGAUAUUAGUAACAGGAAUAUUGUAAUUAUAGUAGCUAUGAUAGGCUACAGGUAGAAGUUAAGAUAUAGAUUGGUUCUUAUGUAUUAAGAUGCUCAGCAAAGAAAAGUAUAUAAUGCAUUAGAACUAAAAUUAAAGGGUCUUCAGGCUUGCCUGGAGCUGGAGGUGACAGCUGUAGGUAGAGGCUCCACUGGCCAUGAACCUGGACUGCUGUAACAUCUUCAAUACAAUAAACUGUAUUUUGAAGAUGCACCUGGAGUCCUGCAACUCUCAUUCAGGCUCUUACUAAGAAGAACUUAAAAAAAAAUGAGAUUCAGAUUGGUCAUUGCUUUCCCUGAAUCCCAAAGCUUCUUGAUGUGACUAGAAAGCGGUCCAUGCAUGAUUUUCUGUGUUUGUGUUCGAGCAUUUCCAUUCCCAUGUUUGCCCUUUCUCCUGUGAAAUGGACUGAUCACUGUACUGAGCCUGUUCCUCUAGAGAAGGACUGCCAACCCAUCUACAAAAACCAGUUAUUUUAAUAAUGUCUGUGAUGCACAAAAAAAUCAGAAAAUCUCCCUCACGCAGUUCUCUACUGAGGUUUUAGAGAUUAACGUUGUAAACUGACAUACCUGUGAGUUUAACCAUUGAAAAAAUAUGUUGGACUGAAAUAAAGA